GUUUGCAUGUUGCACACAGGUUUGGAUGACUCCAGCGGCUGUUCAGGUGAAGGUUUGUCAUUUGAUCGAGAUGAGGCGCCAAGUCUUCUUCGUGCUGCUGAUAAUGUUGGGGGCGGGUCUGGGUCAGAACCUGCUGGACAACCCCAGCUUCGAGGGGGACCUGAGGGGCUCGUGGGAGAACAAUGGGUUCCUGAUGGAGCGCGUGAGUGGCGACACGGUGGACGGUAACUUCGCACUGAAGGCCUCUUACCGGGAUCGUGAUUUAGAGGGCCCACUCCAGACGUUGUACGGUUUAAAACCCAACGGUCGAUACGAAACGAGCGUCUAUGUGAAACUGCUCAAUGACAACAGCAGUGUUCUAUGGCAGACGAUCAAGAUCACCAUGCAGUUUGGGUUUACAAAUUCAGGAGAUAUAGGCACCUAUGUCAUUGCGAUGAGGAGUCUCUGCGACUCUUCCAUGGGCUGGAUCCUGGUGAAUGGUAGUAUGAACGCGCCGGUAAGAGAAUUCAAAUUUGUGCGGUACGCAAUACGAGGCCCUGAUCCUGGUGUGAAUUUUCUGGUGGACCACGCAUCUCUGUAUGAAGUCCCCGAGAACACCAACUGGUUAGCUGAGUCGCACAUCAACAUAGACAAGUACAGAAAAUCCAACCUCAGCAUUAGGUAAAGACAAGCGUACUUCUUUUUCUCUCGUAUAUUCCUUACAGCUGCAGGUGCUUGUUUCAGAA